GGUGGAAGUCGCCGCCGCCGCCGCCGUCGGUUUAUUUUGAUUUAUUGACACGUCUGAGGUUGGGCCCAGUCAGGGUCCGGGGGUCGCUAAGGUCGUAAAGCGGUUGCUAAGCCGGAAAGCGGUUUGGUGCGCCUCGUCCCGCCAUGGGCCCCGCGCUCGAGCUCGCCCUCUCCGCCCUCUCUGCCCUCUCCGCCCUCCUCCUCCUCGGGCCCCGCGCCGCCUCGGCUCUGCAGGAUGUCACCGCCGAGCUCUUCCGCGCCGAGGCCCACGGCGUCGUGGCCGCCUUUGGCGACUUCAAUUCGGACAAACAGACCGACAUCUUCCUCAUCAGAUCGAGAAAAGAGUUAGUUAUUCUAUUGGCUGACGUAAAAGUGCCCUAUUUCAAGCCAAACGUAAAGUUACAAUUGGGUGAUAAAGAGAUUACCAGUGUAAUGCCAGGAGAUUAUGACGGGGACUCACAGAUGGAUGUCCUUCUCACUGUUCAUCCAAAGGAUCUUGAUGAAAUAACAGUCAUUAUUUUCUGGGGAAACAAUCGUACAUUAGAUCCACACAGUUUCACCGAGUUGAACAAGACAUUUUUGGAUGAACCAUUGGUGAUGGAUUUUAAUGGAGACAUGAUUCCUGAUGUAUUUGGAGCCACCACGAAAACUGAGAAACCACAGAUCUGUUCAUUUACUGGAAGAAACCAAACCUGUAAUAUUGCAUUGGAUUCUGCUAUCAAAAUGAGAGUGCCCCAUUCUCAUGCUUUCAUUGACCUGAAUAAAGACUUCACCGCAGACUUAUUUCUUACCACCAAGAUUGAUGAUAAAACUUACUUUGAGAUAUGGGAAAACAAGGAUGGAAAUUUCUCAAAAGCUCCAGCCCCUUAUGACAAAAAGCCUCCAAAUGCAAAGACAAUUGGACAAUCUGCUUUUGCUGAUUUUGAUGGGAAUGGACAACAGGAACACCUACUGCCUGUCUGUAUGGAUGCAAACUGCCAACAAAGUUUAAUUUAUCGGAAUGACCCGGGAUCUGAAGAAUGGAUACCUGUUUUGACAAAUCUGAAAAAUGGUGAGACCAUCUGGGGCUUUGUUCCACAAGACACAGCACUACCGCAUUCUUUUCCAAUCACUAUUCACAUAGGCGACUACAACAUGGAUGGCUUCCCUGAUGCACUGGCAAUACUAAGAAACACUUCAGGCAGUAAUAAGCAAGCCUUUCUACUGGAAAAUGUGCCAUGCAAUAACGCAAGCUGCAAGAGUGUGGGUCGAAUGUUCAGGGUGCUUUGGGAGUUGUCAGAUUUGAACAAAAUCAAGAAUGCUGUUGUUGCAACCUUUUUUGACAUUUAUGAAGACGGUAUCUUGGAUUUACUUGUUGUGAGUGAAGAUACCAACGCUGAGUUCAGCAUCCAUGCGUUGCGAAAUAACUUUGAUGCUGAUGCUUACUUUGUUAAAGUCAUUGUGCUCAGUGGAUUGUGUUCCAGUGAUUGUCCAUACAAGAUUACUGUAAGUAAUGAACGUCUGCAUCAGCCAUUUGGUGUGAACCAGCCUGGGCCCUAUAUCAUGUACACGACAGCAGAUUCUAAUGGAUAUCUGAAAAAUGCAUCAGCGGGACAGCUCAGCCAGUCAGCACACUUUGCUCUGCAGCUGCCCUAUGUAGUACUUGGUCUAGGACGCAGUGCCAACUUCCUCGACCACCUUUAUGUUGGAAUUCCUCGUCCUCUUGGAGAAAAGUCAAUAAGAAAACAAGAAUGGACAGCUAUUAUUCCAAAUUCUCAGCUCAUAGUCAUUCCAUAUCCUCAUAACUCACCAAAAAGCUGGAGUGCCAAACUGUAUCUGACCCCAAGUAAUAUUGUGCUACUUACAGCCAUAGCCUUAAUUGGGGUCUGUGUUUUCAUCUUGGCUAUAAUUGGGAUCUUACACUGGAAGGAGAAGAAAGCAGAUGACAGGGAGAAGCGCCAGGAGGCACACAGGUUCCAUUUUGAUGCCAUGUGAAAUGGAAUGAUUCUUGCGAGACAAAAGAGAGGCCAAAUAGUAUUGUGUUUGACACAAAACAUCAGAGCAUGAAUUACUUUCUAACAAGUUUUUUUAAUAGAGCUUGAUUUCAACUUUACGUAGUCUUAACUGCUCUAGGUUUUUUUUAAUUCAAUUAAACAUUUGUGGGUAAUUAAUGUAAAUGACUUGACUUGUAUAUUUUGGGUAGUUGGGAAUAAUUUAUAAAUAAAUUAUUAUUUUCACUGGCUUAUUGUUGGUAUUUCCAAAUGUUCUUUCUUAUAUCAGCUUGAAGUACUCUGUCCUUCUGUUGUAUAAUUGUGACUUGUCGGGAUGUCUGCGAAAAAAAAUAAAUGGUCUUUCUGUGGGGAA